GAGAGAGGCUUCCCAGGGCAGAGCGAGGAGGAAAAUGCUUGGCGGCUGGGACUGAGACGUCCUUCAUUUAAACCGGUGACAAACGGGCGAGCGGCCCCGGGGCAGCAGAGAGAGGAGGACCGAGCACUGCGCACAGCCGCCGGAUCAGCAACACGACACCGACAUAAAGAGACACAGAGAGAAGCAGAAAGACACACUGAAGAGCACACACCGAUUUUCACUGAGGAAACCGAUCCGGACGGAGCAUCCUUUCCCCACCGACAGGCCUGCUGCUGGCUGAAGAGAUGGGUAUCACGUCACACUCGCUGCUACUGGUCUGUGCGUAUUUGGCGGCUGCGUUGAUUGGUCGCAUAUGCUCGGAGGGUGUGUGUCUUCAAGACGGCCAGCACAAGGCCACGCCCAGUCCGGAGCCACACUUGAAGGAGUGCACGCUGUAUGCUGACAAUAGCUGUUGCACAGAGGAAGACAUCCAGGACAUUUCUCAUGUUCCCUCUGCUGGCAAUUUGAACUCACCCUGGGACAAGUGUGGAACUCUGAGCCCUGCGUGUGAAGGCUUCCUGAAGCGCGUUUCAUGUUUUUACCGCUGCUCCCCAGACGCAGCCCGCUGGCCUCACCCUCACAGCCGCUCCUACAUCCAGGCUGUGCCCCUGUGCCACAGUUUCUGCCGCGACUGGUUUGACGCCUGUAGGAUGGACUUGACAUGUGCGCGCAACUGGGCCAGGGACCCCAGGGGACAUAAUUGCACUGGCACCUGUGUUCAGUAUCAGCAGAUGUACCAGCAUGGCAGGGAUCUGUGUGAGAGCCUGUGGGGGGAUGCCUUCAUGACAGUGGAGGAUGAGGCGGAGGAGGCCGGAGAGGCCAACGACGGCGGUCGUCUCUGCGGCUGCCUGACCCUCAGCCCCUCAGACAAGGAUGUGAUCGCUGCCCUCAGGGCCCAGCAGGACGAUCCCGAGGAGCUGGACACCACCAAGACUGGCCUGCCUCAGUACCGCGCACCCUGCCAGACCAAACUGCCCCUGCAGGCCAGGAGGAGCAGCAAGGGUAACUCCGUGCUGCGUAAGCGCUCCAUCGUGGUGGACGAUGUGGAGGGGAGUGGGAGCGGCAUGUAGAGAGGAAUGAUUGUUAUGCAUUUAGAAAGAAUUGUAUCCCCCUCCCCCUUAUUAUGCUAAAUCCAUAGCACGAUCUAUAGCACUGUUCAACUCUUCAGCUGGAGUCAUAAACUUGCUCCUCUUUAACUAACCUUACCUCACAAACUUUAGCUCCCUUUUCCAUCAUCAUCAUCUUUUCAAAUAUAAUCAUCACGGUUCAAAGUAAUGUUAUACCUGGUAUAAGGUAAUCCAGUAUGCCAGCAGCAGCUCCAGCACUCACCUAAGCAAUUCUUUUAUGUUUUUCUUUCACCACCUGAAAUAACCAGGCUUUCAACAACAUGCUAAAACUGAAGGCAGUUUUUGUAAUUUAAUCUUAACAGCAAAAAUGGCACAAAUGAAUAAUGUAUUCUUGGAGCGUUUAGAAGCAAAAUAUUCUGGUCUUUUGCGCAAGAGCUUCAACUUCGAUAAUAACACAUUAACUAUCUUUAACUUUCCAAUAGGGUAGGGUGAUAACAUCAUGGCCACAUGAUAGUUGCACACAUGUAUUAUUUCGAGGAAGCAAAGUGAGGAUUCUUUGACCAGGUCAUCAUAAGAGUGAGGCAUUUUGUUCACUCAGUUAUGAAGAUCUCCCAGGCCAUGAAUCAGAAAUCCCUGCAGUUAGGGCAAUACACAUCAGAUGAUGUUAUGAUGUGUGGUGUCAUGUGAAAUAUGAAGUCAUAUCAACACCUCUGCAUGCAACACAUCAUUCUCCAGUGAUCUAUUUGGGUUCAUGACAUCAAGUACAUAUUAUAUACAUGAGUAUACCUCCACCAUGAUUUCAUUUCAGUUCUUUUUAACCAUAUAGAUUAUUCAAAUCUGUACCUUAGUCAGUUGUUAAAACGCUUUGCAGAGCUUACUGUUGUGAUAAUGUACCAUACUGUCUACUUGUCAGGUGUAUGAUAGCGGAGAAGGUCACGCAGGGUGAGGAUUAUUAUAUUAAAUGUAACAUAUUCUGUUUUACUGAGGCUACCCUCCCACACUCAAAGGAUCAGGUACGAUAAUGACACCGAGGAAGCAUACCUAAUACUUGAAGGAUGUUUUGAUUUCCAGAAACAAAAUCUGCCGAAGUGACAGACUAAAUCCGCAGAGACAGUAUUAAUGCCAGAUAUGAAUGUUCUGGUAGUUUGAUCACAUAUCACCAAUGUACUGUGGCAGUUUCUUUUACAAUGACGUGGAGUAUUUCUAGAGCCAGACUCUUUGUUAGCUGUAUAUGUUUUGUAAAGUAAAAAAAAAAAAAAAAAGGGAAUUUGAUUUGUCCACUUUAUGGUCAGCAUGCUGGAAUGGGUGUUUCUCUGCUUUUCUUUACAUUCUCAAUAAAGACAAACAUUUCUAAAUGUCA